AUGCUUAUUGCCACUGUUUCUUCCCUGGUCGCCUUAGCCGUUUCAGCUGCAGGUAUCGUUAUCACCUCGCCCAGGCAGGGUGAGAAGGUCGACUUCUCCAAGCCGGUAACCAUUCACUGGCAGAGGGUUUCGACCGACCCCUCUACCGUUGACAUUGUUCUAGUCAAUGAGAAUGUUUACCCGCCAGUGACCGAGACCGUUGCCUCGGGAGUCGACGUGGACAAGGGCUCCUAUACUAUCAAAGCCCAUGACCAGGAUGUGUCUACCACAGACACCGGUGGUGGCUAUCAGGUCAACUUCCUCGCGCCAUCAGGCGGUAUCCUAGCUCAGUCACAGCAAUUCAAAUUCUACUGCAUCUGGGAGCAUGCUUUCUUCCACUUUGGUGUCAUCUACUGCCACUUCGACUUCUGCUUCUCAUACUUCUUCCUCGACUGCUUCUUCUUUGCCGACUACUACUCACUCUUCCACCAGUGCGUCUUCCCAUACCGCCUCUUAUUCCUCUACUUCACAUUCUACUUCCUCCCGCACUUCGUCUUCUAUGACGAUGUCUACCAGUGCGUCUUCCUCAACUCAUUCAUCCUCUACCCCAACUUCUGUUUCUACCAGUUCGUCCACCAUUUCCAGUUCUUCCUCGAGUUUUGCCUCGAGAACUAG